AAUGAAUAUUUGAUACUGACUAUAAUUUGUCAGACCAUCGCAGUGAAGUGUGGCCGUCCCUCCCUCCUGCCACCACCGAGCAGGAAAUGCCGGGCACCGGGCACCUUGACAUGCCGGGACCCCCGGCCCCCGCCACGCCACCGGAGCCCACGGUCAACAUCCUCCAGAUAGAGGGUCCAACCACUGACUCCACCAGCCAGCCCUGGCCGGGACCCCCACCCCAGCCUGACAUCCCAGCCCCCAGCUCGCACUGGCUGACCUGGACCGACAAGUACAAGUUCCUGCUGUCCUGCCUGGGCUACUGUGUGGGGCUGGGCAACAUCUGGCGCUUUCCCUACCUGUGUUACCGCAACGGAGGAGGCAUCUUCCUCAUCCCCUUCUUCAUCAUGUCGCUCAUCAUGGGGCUGCCCCUCUUCCUGAUGGAGCUGAGCCUGGGUCAGUAUGGAGCCACGGGGCCCAUCACUGUCUGGAAAUGCUGCCCGCUGCUGAAAGGCAUUGGCAUUGCCAUGCUGAUCGCAUCCUCCCUGGUGUGCGUCUACUACAACGUCAUCAUUGCCUGGGCUUUCUACUACCUGGGGUCCUCCUUCCAGAGCCCCCUGCCCUGGUCCUGCGAUGCCCCCGGGAACGCAUACUUCUGCCAGGUCAGUGGUUCCCGGGCGGGCAGCGCUGUGGGGUCCGGUCCCGCGGUGGGAUGCUGCGGGGCCAGACACCGCACGAGGACUGGGCAGGUGGUUUCUCUUGGGAGAAGCUUUGCCUGCAGCAGAAGAGGAGGGGCAGGCUGGGGCUGGGGCUGGGAGGGACAUCGGGGAUGGUGGCGAUGGCAGUUGGUGGUGACGGUGACCUGCCGGGGAUGUGUGUUGCAGAAUGCGUCAGGGAUUGUCAGCGCCAGCGAGGUUUUCUGGAACGAGCAGGUGCUGGGGGUGAUGCACAGCUCCGGCCUCGGAGACCCCGGUGCCGUGCAGUGGCCCCUCGCCCUGUGCCUGCUAGCAGCCUGGAUCAUUGUCUUCUUCUGCACGCUGAAGGGCAUCCACAGUUCAGGCAAGAUGGUGUACGUCACGGCCACCUUUCCCUACCUGGUCAUCCUCACCCUCAUCAUCUGGGGGGCCACACUGGACGGCUCCCUCGACGGCGUCCGCUUCUACCUCUCCUUGGACUGGAGCAGGCUGCAGAGUGCCCAGGUGUGGAGCGAUGCAGCCUCGCAGGUCUUCUAUUCCCUGGGCGUCGGCUUUGGGGGACUGGUCUCCUUGGCCUCCUACAAUGAGUUUGACAGCAACGUCAUCCGGAACACCUUGGUCCUUGCUAUUGGGACCUGCUGCACCAGCUUCUUUGCCGGCUUUGCCAUCUUCUCGUUGAUGGGGCACAUGGCCUGGAGGAUCCAAGUCCCUGUGGGCAGUGUCACUGACUCAGGCCCCGGGCUGAUGUUUGUGGCAUACCCUGAAGCCCUCUCCCUGCUGCCCAUCUCCCCGCUCUGGUCCAUCCUCUUCUUCCUGACGCUUAUCAUGCUGGGAGUGGAUACUUUGUUUGGGAACAUUAAAGGCAUCACCAGAGCCAUCCUGGACGAGUUCCCGGCCCUGGACAACCAGAGGAAGAAGGCAGCGUUGCUGGGUGCUCUCUGUACCUCCUUCUGCCUGCUGGGGCUCCCGCUGGUCACCCAGGGAGGCAUCUUCUGGUUCACCCUCAUUGACAAGUACAGCACCGGCUUUGGGCUGAUCACCGUCUCCCUCUUCAUGUGCCUGGGCAUCACCUUCUGCUACGGUGUGAACCAGUUCUGCCAGGACAUCAUGGACAUGAUCCGCCAGUGCCCACCCUGGUGCAAGCACAUGCUGGGCUACUUCAAGGCGUGCUGGGCCUUCUUUACCCCCUGCCUGCUGCUGGUGAGCACCGAGCACGCUCCUGGGGCUGGAGGUCGAGGGGAGAAGAGCUCCCCUCCCUCCAUCUCUCCCUCCCCUCUGAGAGGGGCAGCUCUUGCCAUGGGUUUGGAGCGGGGCUGCCCGGUCCUGGUGCCCCCCUGGGCCUGUCUGUGGCUGCUGGAGGGAGCUCAGGGCACCCCUGGGGGUCCCUGUGGCUCCCAGCCUGGCCAAGACCCCUGGGGCCAGGCAGUGCCGUGGCGUCAUGUUGGUUGUGCCCGCUCUGCCCUUCAGUCCGUGCUCGUUUGCACCUGCCUGGACAUGCACCGAAUGCCCCUGCACCACGGCAUCUACGAGUACCCCACCUGGGGCACGAACCUCGGCAUCUGUAUGGGCGUCCUCACCUGCCUGCAGGUCCCGCUCUGGGCCGUCGUGGCCCUGUGCCGCCAGUCAGGGACGCUGAGAAACCGCUUCCAGGAAGCCAUCCAGCCCCUGCCCUCCUGGAGGGCAGCCGCUGGCCGCAACAUGGAUGGAGUCAUUGCAUGGCGGCGUUCACCAUCACCCUGAACAGCGGCGACUUCACCGCGCUGCUCCACGGCAGCAGCGAAGACUGAUGCCGGCCCUGGGGCACCCCACGUCCUUGCACGGAGCCCCCGGGAAGAUGGGACCCACUGAUGAUGGAUGGGGACACCCGCCGGGGGCUGGCUGCUGGUGCACGUGGCUCCCCUUGUGCCGUCACCAUCACCCAUCCCAGCGGAUGAUAAUCACUGAUCCCAGCACGUAAUGCGUUUUCCUGGAAA